GACACAGAGGGUGUAGUCGUGCUCAUCUCACACACAGAUCCACGAUGAGUGUGUGUGAGUGUAAUGGAUGAGGUCUGUGAAACGCCCUCCGUUAGGGAACUGGAGAAAGUCCUGUUUGCAGGAAAGAGGAGUGGAAAUCAUGCGGAUGAAGUCUGGCCCAACCUUUUCCUGGGUGAUAUGUCUGUGGCCAAUGACCGGUUCAGUCUGUGGAAGUUGGGCAUCACUCGAGUCCUGAACGCCGCCCACGGACACAUGCACUGCCAGGGCAGCCACCAGUUCUACGGGUCAAAGGUCGAGUAUUACGGAGUCGCAGCAGAAGAUUCGCCAUCGUUCAACCUGUCGGUGUAUUUCCACCCCUGCGCUGAUUAUAUCAAGGAGGUUCUCGGUUCUCCAGGAGAACGUGUUUUGGUUCACUGUGCGGUGGGAGUGAGUCGCUCGGCCUCUCUGGUUCUGGCUUAUCUCAUGAUACACCAGAGGCUUUCCCUCCUGGACGCUAUUAAAACGGUCAAACAGCACCGCUGGAUCUUCCCGAACCGAGGCUUUCUCAAACAGCUGCGGGCCCUCGAUGCGAGUCUGCGCUGUAUGAAGUGACGCUGGUCUGGAAACAACAUCUGUCUGUGACUUUAAAUGUAUUAUCAACUCUCAUGACUCUGUGGUGAAGGAAACACUGCAGAAAAAAACUUCUACCUGAAUAUGUUUUUAAGUAUAUAUUGUAGAAAUGAAUGCAUAAAUAUUAACGUUAAACUUAUUCAACUUUCUGAUACUGGUAUUCCCACCAUGAAUAAUUUAUAAGAUUGCUUUUUUCUCCACUGUAUGUUCACUGUUUUAUCAUUGCUUUGGUUGUUAGGUUUAUUAACUUGCUGUUUUGUGACAUCUGGAGUUUAUUUUCUACUUAAAAUGACAUUCACACUCAAAAAUGAUCUGACGGAUGUUGGCAUUAUUGGGUAGCAAGUAUUCAUAUCUCUGUUUCGGCUGGGUACCACAUUAUUUCAAUUGUGUAGAUAUAUGUCUACAAUAGAUAUGUUAUUUAUUUGUUCUAAAGCAUACACGGUAAAAACAUGGCUUUUUUCAGUGUUAUAUUGUCAAAGUAAAAUGUUGAAACAGCGUAUUGCUAAGUAGAAAUUACUCAACCAACUUUAACUGGCCAGUUUUCAUUUGUUAAUUUUACUUAACUAGAUUAAACUUUAAAAAAAAAUC